GAAGGGGACGCCGGGCUGUAGCGAAAUUCCUCCAAAAUUAAUCCAAGGCAUCCUCUAAUUUGACCAGUAAAAUUUCGAACUAAGUAAAAGCUCAAGAUGCCGAAGCCAGUAGUUCAAGUCGGCGAUGACCCCGAUCCAGGCCCAUGGCUAUUCGUCUCUGAGGAGAUGAAGAAAGAAGCUAUGUCCAGACCCUACGACGGCAAGAAGGCUUGUUGGGUUCCCGACGAAAAAGAGGGUUUCCUGCAGGGUGAGAUCAAGGCCACCAAGGGUGAUCUGGUCACGGUGGCACUUCCCGGUGGUGAGUGUAAGGAUUUCAAGAAGGAUCUUGUCGGCCAGGUUAACCCACCCAAAUACGAAAGAUGCGAAGAUUUGUCCAACUUGACAUAUCUUAACGAUGCCUCUGUCCUGCAUAACCUGAGAGAGCGUUAUCGUUCCCAACUUAUUUAUACCUACUCUGGCUUGUUCUGUAUUGUAAUCAACCCGUACAAGCGUUGGCCACUUUACACUAUGCGUGCCGCCAAGAUGUACCGAGGCAAGCGUCGUAAUGAGGUUCCACCCCAUUUGUUUGCCGUUUCUGACGGUGCCUACGUCAACAUGUUGUCCAACAAGGAGAACCAGUCUAUGUUGAUUACCGGUGAGUCUGGUGCCGGAAAGACUGAGAACACCAAGAAGGUCAUUGCGUACUUCGCCACCAUCGGUGCGUCGAGCAAGAAGAGCGCAGAAGAGGAGAAGAAGAUCUCCCUGGAAGAUCAGGUCGUCCAGACCAAUCCCGUACUGGAAGCCUACGGUAACGCCAAGACCGUCCGUAACGAUAACUCGUCUCGUUUCGGUAAAUUCAUCCGUAUCCACUUUACUGGUUCUGGUAAGCUGGGUGGUGCUGAUAUUGAAACCUACCUGCUGGAGAAGGCCCGUGUCAUCUCUCAGCAGACUCUGGAGCGCUCUUACCAUAUCUUCUACCAGCUGAUGUCUGGCUCGGUUAAAGGGUUGAAAGAUAUGUGCUACCUUUCCAACGAUAUCUACGACUACUACAACGUAUCUCAGGGUAAAGUUACAAUCCCCAAUGUCGACGAUGGUGAGGAGUGCCUACUCACCGAUGAAGCCUUCAACAUCCUGGGCUUCACUCAGGAGGAGAAGGACAACAUCUACAAGAUUACCGCCGCUGUCAUGCACAUGGGUGGCAUGAAGUUCAAGCAAAAGGGUCGCGAAGAGCAGGCUGAAGCCGACGGCACUGAUGAGGGUGAUCGCGUCGCUAAGCUGCUGGGUUGCGUCACUGAGGAUCUGUACAAGAACCUGCUGAAGCCCCGAAUCAAGGUCGGUGCCGAGUUCGUCAUCAAGGGUCAGAACAAGGACCAGGUCAGCAACGCUGUCGGUGCUCUUUGCAAGGGUAUCUUCGAUCGUCUGUUCAAGUGGCUGGUCAAGAAGUGUAACGAGACUCUGGACACCAAGCAGAAGCGCGCCCAGUUCAUUGGUGUACUGGAUAUUGCCGGUUUCGAGAUCUUCGACUACAACGGGUUCGAGCAGCUUUGUAUUAACUUUACCAAUGAGAAGCUUCAGCAGUUCUUCAACCAUCACAUGUUCGUCCUGGAACAAGAGGAGUACAAGAAGGAGGGUAUCGUCUGGGCCUUCAUUGAUUUCGGUAUGGACUUGCUGGCCUGUAUUGAGCUGAUUGAGAGACCCAUGGGUAUCCUAUCCAUUCUUGAGGAAGAGUCUAUGUUCCCGAAAGCCACCGAUCAAACCUUUGCUGAGAAGCUGAUGACGAACCAUUUGGGCAAGUCUCCUCCGUUCCAGAAGCCAAGACCGUCGAAGCCAGGUAUCCCGGCGGGUCACUUUGCCAUUGGUCACUACGCUGGUGUUGUCACGUACAACAUCACCGGAUGGCUUGAGAAGAACAAGGAUCCGCUGAACGACACUGUCGUCGAUCAGUUCAAGAAGGGUACCAACGCGCUUAUUGUUGAGAUCUUCGCUGAUCACCCGGGACAGUCUGGUCCACCACCAGGCUCUGAUGAUGGCAAGGGUGGUAAGGGCGGUGGUCGUGGUAAGAAGGGUGCCGGUUUCGCCACUGUAUCUUCGGCCUACAAGGAACAGCUGAACAAUCUGAUCAGAACGCUGUGCUCCACUUCGCCUCACUUUGUCCGUUGCAUCAUUCCCAACGAGUUGAAGCAGACCGGUCUUAUCGAUGCUCACUUGGUUAUGCACCAGCUGACCUGUAACGGUGUACUUGAGGGCAUUCGUAUUUGUCGUAAGGGCUUCCCGAACAGAAUGAACUAUCCUGAUUUCAAGCAACGUUAUCUGAUUUUGGCUCCUGCUGCCAUGUCAGCUGAACCCGAGGGUAAAAAGGCUGCUGAGAAGUGUAUGGAAGCAGUCGCUCUGGAUCCUGACUUGUACCGUAUUGGUCACACGAAGAUUUUCUUCCGUGCCGGUGUUGUGGGUCAAAUGGAAGAGUUCCGUGAUGAGCGUCUUUCCAAGAUCAUGACCUGGGUCCAGUCUUGGUGCCGUGGUUUCUUGGAUCGUAAGGAGUUCAAGAAGGCACAGUUGCAACGUGUCGCUUUGGAGGUUAUUCAGCGUAAUCUGCGCAAGUACUUGAAACUCCGUACCUGGGCCUGGUGGAAACUGUGGGGCAAGGUCAAGCCACUGCUCAACGUGUCUCGCGUCGAGGACCAGAUUGCUAAACUGGAAGAGAAGGCCCAACAUGCCACAGAAGCACUGGAGAAGGAAGAGAAAUUGCGUAAGGAAUUGGAAGCUAUGAACAGCAAACUGUUAGCCGAGAAGACCGCACUGCUUGACUCGCUGUCCGGUGAGAAGGGAGCUCUCCAAGAAUACCAGGAGAAGGCCGCCAAGUUAACCGCGCAAAAGAACGAUCUUGAGAACCAGCUGCGUGAUACUCAGGAGCGCUUGGCUCAGGAAGAAGAUGCCCGAAACCAGCUCUUCCAAACAAAGAAGAAGUUGGAGCAGGAGAUCUCAGGUCAGAAGAAGGAUGCUGAGGACCUGGAACUGCAGAUCCAGAAGACUGAACAGGACAAGGCCUCAAAGGAUCACCAGAUCCGCAACUUGAACGAUGAGAUCGCCCACCAGGAUGAGCUGAUCAACAAGCUGAACAAGGAAAAGAAGAUGCAGGGUGAGGUCAACCAGAAGACCGCUGAGGAGCUCCAGGCUGCCGAAGAUAAGGUCAACCACCUGAACAAGGUUAAGGCCAAGCUGGAGCAGACUCUGGAUGAGCUGGAGGAUUCUCUGGAGCGCGAGAAGAAGCUGCGCGGCGAUGUUGACAAAGCCAAGCGCAAGGUUGAGGGUGACCUGAAACUAACCCAGGAAGCUGUUUCCGAUUUGGAACGAUAUAAGAAGGAGUUGGAGCAGACCAUCCUGCGAAAGGACAAGGAAAUCUCCGCUCUAUCUGCUAAGCUCGAAGACGAGCAGAACUUGGUUGGCAAGCUGCAGAAGCAGAUCAAGGAACUGCAGGGCCGCAUUGAAGAGCUUGAGGAGGAAGUCGAGGCUGAGCGACAGGCUCGUGCCAAGGCUGAAAAGCAGCGGGCUGAUCUGGCCCGCGAACUCGAGGAACUGGGUGAGCGUCUGGAGGAAGCUGGUGGUGCCACCUCGGCCCAGAUUGAGCUGAACAAGAAGCGUGAGGCUGAGCUCGCCAAGCUGCGCCGUGACUUGGAAGAGGCUAACAUCCAGCAUGAAGGCACUUUGGCUAAUCUGCGCAAGAAGCACAACGAUGCGGUUGCUGAGAUGGCUGAGCAGGUUGACCAGCUGAAUAAAUUGAAAACUAAAGCUGAACAUGAUCGGGCUAAUAUGUACAAUGAACUGAACAAUACUCGAUCUGCCUGUGAUACACUUGCUCGUGAAAAGGCCGCUCAAGAAAAGAUCGCCAAGCAGCUACAACACACUCUUAACGAAGUGCAAGGAAAGCUGGAUGAAACCAACCGCACCUUGAACGACUUCGAUGCGUCCAAGAAGAAACUUUCCAUUGAGAACUCUGACCUGCUCCGCCAGUUGGAGGAUGCCGAGUCUCAGGUUUCACAGCUCAGCAAGAUCAAGAUCUCCCUCAGCCAGCAGCUCGAAGAUACCAAGCGUCUGGCCGAUGAGGAGUCUCGCGAACGCGCUACCCUGCUCGGCAAGUUCCGCAAUCUGGAGCACGACCUCGAUAACUUACGAGAACAGGUUGAAGAAGAGGCAGAAGGCAAGGGUGAUAUCCAACGUCAACUCAGCAAGUCUAAUGCUGAAGCUCAGCUGUGGCGUACCAAGUACGAGUCGGAGGGUGUUGCCCGCGCUGAAGAGCUCGAGGAAGCCAAGAGGAAGCUGCAGGCCCGCCUUGCCGAGGCUGAGGAGACCAUUGAGUCGCUCAACCAGAAGUGCAUUGCUCUGGAGAAGACCAAGCAGCGCCUGUCCACCGAAGUCGAGGAUCUGCAGCUUGAGGUCGACCGUGCAACCACGAUUGCCAACUCUGCCGAGAAGAAGCAGAAGGCCUUCGACAAGAUCAUCGGCGAGUGGAAGCUCAAGGUCGACGAUCUGGCUGCCGAGCUGGACGCUUCCCAGAAGGAAUGCCGCAACUACUCGACCGAGCUGUUCCGUCUCAAGGGUGCCUACGAAGAGGGCCAGGAGCAGCUUGAGGCUGUCCGCCGUGAGAACAAGAACUUGGCUGAUGAGGUCAAGGAUCUGCUGGACCAGAUCGGUGAGGGUGGCCGCAACAUCCACGAGAUUGAGAAGUCUCGCAAGCGCCUGGAGGCCGAGAAGGACGAGCUGCAGGCCGCCCUUGAGGAAGCCGAGGCUGCUCUGGAACAGGAGGAGAACAAGGUUCUGCGCGCUCAGCUUGAGCUGUCUCAGGUGCGCCAGGAAAUUGACCGCCGCAUCCAGGAGAAGGAAGAGGAAUUCGAAAACACCCGCAAGAACCACCAGCGUGCCCUGGACUCCAUGCAGGCCUCUCUUGAAGCCGAAGCCAAGGGUAAGGCUGAGGCCCUGCGCAUGAAGAAGAAGCUGGAGGCUGACAUCAACGAGCUUGAGAUUGCUCUGGAUCAUGCCAACAAGGCUAACGCUGAGGCCCAGAAGAACAUCAAGCGGUACCAGCAGCAGUUGAAGGAUACUCAGGGUGCUUUGGAGGAAGAACAGCGUGCCCGUGACGAUGCCCGCGAACAGCUGGGUAUCUCUGAGCGUCGCGCCAACGCCCUGCAAAACGAACUGGAGGAGUCGCGCACCCUGCUAGAGCAGGCCGAUCGUGGCCGUCGCCAGGCUGAACAGGAGCUGGGUGAUGCUCACGAGCAGCUGAACGAAGUUUCUUCCCAGAACGCUUCGAUCGCCGCCGCCAAGAGGAAGCUGGAGUCUGAGCUGCAGACUCUGCACUCCGACCUGGAUGAGCUGCUGAACGAAGCCAAGAACUCCGAGGAGAAGGCCAAGAAGGCUAUGGUUGAUGCCGCCCGCCUGGCCGAUGAGCUCCGCGCUGAACAGGACCACGCCCAGACACAGGAAAAACUUCGCAAGGCCCUUGAGCAGCAGAUUAAGGAACUGCAAGUCCGCCUGGACGACGCCGAGACCAAUGCUCUCAAGGGAGGCAAGAAGGCCAUCCAGAAAAUGGAGCAACGCGUUAGGGAACUUGAAUCUGAGCUGGACAAUGAACAGAGAAGACAUGCUGAUGCUCAGAAGAACCUCCGCAAGUCUGAGCGCCGUAUUAAGGAGCUGACCUUCCAGUCCGAGGAAGACCGUAAGAACCACGAACGCAUGCAAGACCUCGUUGACAAGCUGCAGCAGAAGAUCAAGACUUACAAGAGGCAGAUUGAGGAAGCCGAGGAGAUCGCCGCUCUGAAUCUGGCCAAGUUCCGCAAGGCCCAGCAGGAGCUGGAGGAAGCUGAGGAGCGUGCCGACAUUGCCGAACAAGCUGCCACUAAAUUCCGUUCGAAAGGAGGACGCGGCGGUUCGGCGGGACGUGGUGCCAGCCCAGCAGUAAGUACUAUUUAAGGGUUGCCCACGCUUGUCUACAAUUAAAAAAAAAACAAUUUCAUCUACUCUCAUCAACAUCUGUGAGAUUUCCGAAUUGAACUAUGAUAAAAAAAAUGUGUACUGACGAAAAAAUUGUGUACAGUCAAAUAAAGAAGUCUCGACGAUCCUCACAUUAAGCUGCCUAAGAAACGAUUAUACAAUAACUAUUUAUUAGAUAUAACUGUUCCAUACCCGUAACAUUUAAUUUUUCAAUACAACUUUUGCUAGAAAAUACAUUGGAAUCUUUAAAUCAAA